AAAUCGCCAUCUAAGACAUCCCACUCAACGAGCAACAAUAAGGGGUCGAAGGUCCAGCGAGCGAUUGCAGGCACGACAGAGGUGCCAAAGGUUUCAGCUUCCCAACUGCCGGUCUUCGUUCACAUUGGCCCGUACCGACUACCGGAAAAAGCUUUCGACGACCAUGGAGGCCGACAAGGACAACGCCAACCCUACCAUUCUGAACCCGUCCGAUCUCCCAUCCCGCCGUAGAUCCGCUCCAACGGCGAAGCGGGUAGGAAUCUUCGAAGCUCUAGCGCCUGCGAACAUCAGCCCUGCUGACCCGCUGGCACCGCCUGUGGCUUCAGACUCCACGCUAUCAGACGACGAACGGGAGGAGAUUGACGAACAAGAGGUGUACGACCUCAUCUCCACUAUCUCCGACCCGGAGCAUCCUCUGUCGCUUGGGUCUCUGGGCGUAGUGACGCUGGACGAUAUCGCUAUCAUCCCACCUGCGUCGCCGCGCUCGCGUAUCAGUAGCGUUAGGGUUCUCAUUACGCCAACCACCUCGGCUUGUUCUUUGACGACAGUCAUUGGCCUUGGCGUCAAAGUUAGGCUGCUCAACGCGCUACCGCCUCGGUUCCGAGUCGACGUGCGUAUCAAGGAGGGUACUUCGCGUACCGCUGACGAGGUCAACAAGCAGCUAGGCGACAAGGAGCGGGUCGCUGCCGCCAUGGAGAACAGGUCGCUAGUCAAUGUCGUCAACAACAUGCUAGCGACCUGCGCGUAA